AUUUGUUAUAGAAACAUAUUGCACUGUUAGAAGUUGUAACAAAUUAUUUUAAUAUUUAUAUCAUAAAUUCUUAGGUGGCCACAUAGUUUGGGCAUUAAUAAAGAAAACAAAAACAGCUGAUUGGCAUUAUUACUGGGAUUAAAAAUAAAUAAAAAGUAAUACAAUCACAGUUAUGAACGUUUUUCGAAGCGCUACUUCUUCUGCUUUCUUCUAGUAACAUUAAGAUCGGCUCAAUUGCAUAGAAUGUCUGCAACACCUCAAAUCGCACCAAUUGAGUCAGCAAUACGAGGCGCACUUACAGAGCAAUUAUCACCUUUGCACUUGGAAGUGAUCAACGAGUCCUAUAUGCACAACGUACCGAAAGGUUCGGAAACACAUUUCAAAGUGUUGGUAGUAUCUGAUAAAUUUGACGAGCUGUCUUUAAUAAAGCGCCACCGUUUGGUGAACUCAAUUGUGAAAGAGAAAUUAGCUGGUAAUUUUGUUCAUGCGUUAUCUAUAGAGGCUAAAACUCCCGAACAGUGGCAUCCUAAUUACACUGUAGAAUCUAGUCCAAACUGUCGUGGUGGCUUUGGCAAAUAAGAUGAAACACAGUUGUUUUACACUGUUAAAAUCGUUUUUGUUUUUGGAUAAUACAAAUUCAAUAUAAAUUAAUAGAAAAUUGUUUAACAAUAUACUACCACACUGCGCUA